AUGGCAGAGUCCAAGACCCCGGAGGCGCCUGUAAAUUACCUCGAUGUUAAACUGCAUGGUGUGCAGAGCCUGCCGCCAGGAUGGUUGGCGGAUGGGCGGCCACCCGCCUUUGCGGAGCACCCGUUCCGGUACGAGGUUAGCUUCAGCAUCGAUGGCGAGAACACGUACACGUUCAAGCAUGGGCGUCUGCUGCACGAAUUGCCGCAGUAUGAAUCCUACAUUGCGGGGGCCACGCCGCCGCCACUUCCGUCCGAGGUGAAUGAGAUGCUGCGGCACAUUCGCGAGGUCCCUGAUUCCUCGAACUUGCCUAGUGCUGCAACUUCCAAGGUGACGGCGCCCAGCUUUGGAAAAGCUGAGGGGAGGGAGGAGUCUGCCGUGGAGGCCAAGAUUUUGUGGAUAACGACGCCCGCCGCCGAUGCCGUCUCCGUGAGCUCGGAGGAGCAGGGAACAAAGCGACGGAGAAGGACGGUGUCACCGCCGCCAGCGGAAGAUGUGAUGCCUCCCGCCGUGCCCACAGACGAGGACAUUCCGCCCUGCGUCAUUCGUGUGCCGCUUGCGGAGCAGCAUGUUGCCGCGUUAGAGGCCCUGGUGUUGGGUGGUAAGCCGCUGGAGCUGCGAUUUGCGCGGGUGUUGAGGGGCGGGGUGCCAAACGACUGGGAAGACACACAGCAAUGGUAUUUUCGUGCCGCCAUUCCCGUGGAUCUCUCACCCCUCGCAGAACCUGGCUCGCUGCAGCUGAUAGAAUCGGUGCCACUGAUGCCGCUAAAGGAAUUCACCCAGGGAGAGGAUAGGGGACGAAAGAAGAUCUCGAAACGGCCAAAGACUGGUGCGCCAUCGCUUUUGUUUGAAGAUCUGGACAUGGAGGCGCAGCACCCGUACGUCACGCAUAACACCUCCGCGUUGGUGUCACUGCGGCUUGAAAAGACCCUCACGCGACUGCCAAGUGAUCGUGUUCGGCCGCUGCUGAAGCCGAACAACCUUGUCCCCACGCGAGCUCCGUCCAGCAAGAAGCACCAAGACAUCAAGGUGCAGUUUACAGAUGUGGUGGAGGUCAUUGCCGAAAAGAUUAUGCGGGAUUAUAGGGCUGCAGAGAUGAAGGGCGAGGGAACCACGAAGGAACAACUGUUUGAGUCCUUUCAAACCUCCGGGCAAUUGGUGGCGUACAAGGAGCAACUCACACCGCUGGUUAUGAAGGUGGUACGAGAGAAGUUUUUGUGCAACCCAGGUGCCUCCGAGGAAGUCUUAAGUGAACUGACAAACGAAUUAUACGUGUACCUUCUGGAUUGCGUCCACUCUACGUUAAACAAGAUGACAGGGAAUUUGGGUCGGAACAUCACUAGCGAUGAUGGCCAUCCGGCAGCAGGAGGUACACAGCAACCCGCGGAGGAAGAUCUUCAUGGGGUUGCGGAGCAUAUAUGGCUGGAACGCGCGGAUGAGGCUGAGGCACUGCGUGAAUACGGACAAGCGGCAAAGUGUCAUCAGACCCGCAUCGCUAGUUGUAGUUCGUCUGCCAAUUUUCCCGCCAUAUGGAAUGAUGCAGCUAAUUUUUUUGUUCGCAUUGCUGACGCCACACUUGCGGAGCAGUGCUAUCGCGAGGCGAUUGCCCAUGACCCCACGUACGUGCCCGCGCUCCUUGGCUACGGGGAUCUUCUGCUUGUCCAUAGUCGCUUUGAGGAGGCCGCUGUCUACUUGCACGCCGCGGCGGACACCGCCCCUGAUGCACUUUGCUGGGGUCAUCUCUCAUUGCUCUGUGACCUGCAUGUGCUGGCGCUGGAGCAGGGCCCACAGUACGAGUCGAAGCGGGCCUACUGGGAGCGUGAGGGGGUGCUGGCGAUGAAGGAGGCCAUGGGGGCCACGGAGGAGGUGGACUACAACGAGGUAAGCCUUUCUGUCUCGGAAUACCUGCUGCAGUUGCACCACCCAGAACUGGCAAACGUCUGUCUCUCGCGAUGUCGACCUGGACCCAAGACGGAGGUGCUGUACGCCCGUCUGUUUAUGUUGUGCGAGCAGUACCAGGACGCCCUCAGCUCAUUGAAGAAUGCGGAGGGGCUAGAGUCGUGUGCUGAUACGGUGGGUCUCCUUCGCGGAGAGUGCCAUGCGUCACUGGGCCACAAUGAUGAGGCCGUGCGUGAGUACAAACAGGUGCUUUGCCGCGAAGAUGUGAUCCCCAACCGCCGUUACGGUCCCAGUUACAUUCACUUGGGCAACCUUCUUAUUGCGGCGGGGCACUACGGCGAUGCACUCGGCGUGUUCACGCUUGGCAUUCAGGCGUGGCCCUGCAGUUUAAUGUGGCUUGGCGCUGGCAUCGCGUACUACCGCAUGCGGCAGCUGGAUGCCGCCGAGGAGUGCCUCAGUGAGUCCAACACGCUCAACAACAUCAACCCACGAACCUGGGCGUACCUUGCGCUGGUCUGUUUACACAAGGGCCGCGUGGAGCUGGAGGUGGUCCUGCAGCAGGCGAUCAUGCAGGGACUCACGGACGCGGCGCUGCUCACCGAACUUGGGCGCGACCUCGUCCGCGCCUCGCACUUGAAGCUUGGCGAGGGGUGUCUGCGGAAGGCUAUGGCGAUGGAGAAGGACGCCGGCCGUGCCACCUCUGCGACAAGUUGCACCGCUAUGUAUUACCUGGCCGGCGCAAUCGAGGGCACGCGGCAACAGGAGGCGAACGAGAUGUACGCGGAAGUCGUGCGCCACAGCCAGAACCAAACCCUGCGGGCGAGGGCGGAGGAGCAGAUGCAGCUCCUUGCCAAGUGA